UUCUAAUCAGUCCGAAUAUCCGUUUGCGAUGAAGGAAAAUGGCAUUUUCCGAUACCAACAUAAGCUUUUCAAAGUUACCAUCAACUUUUCAGUAUUCUCAGCCUUUAAAUUGUAUUAUAGCAACUUCAGAAGAGAUUGGAUUUGAAAUAAUUGAUAUCCAUUCUGGAAAGAAAUCAUGUAUUCCAUUUAAUACCGAUGAUAAAGCAAGAUCAGCAAGUCCACAGCUUUGUGCUUAUUUUGAAAAAGAAGAAAAGAUUGUUGUUACUUCUAAUCAUAUUAUUGGUUGCCGUGCAACAAAUAAUGAGCAAGUUUACUUGCACACCAUUCUGCAAUUAUCCCAAAUACCUAGUAGUGGAGUAGUUACAAUAGAGCUUGGUAUUGCCAAGGCUGGCUUAUUACUUGUAGCUCUUGAAAAAUGUAUAAAAACUACCGAUCGAUUUUCAUCUGCUCCUGGAAUGAGUAGUGAAGCACAUAAAAAGCAGUUUGAAGAAGUUAUUAAUACCUUAAGGGAUGAAUAUGAAAAAUCAGUCCUACUUAUGAAAGAUGCUUCUGGUCUCAGUCUAAAGUGGCUCACGGUUUGUUUUACAAUCCAGCAUUCUUUAAUAACUGAAGUUUGCGAUACUGCGUUACUAUUACUAAAGCAAGAAAAACGAGGCCCUGCAUUGCCUGUACUUGGUGAUGUCCUUCAGCGCUUGACUUCAAUGCAAAAACACAAUUGCAAAAAUGUAUGCAGCGAAAAGCUUUUGAUGUUUAAUGAAAUUGACAGAUUAAAAACAUUUACAUCAUGGCCUCACAUGAAUUACAAAUGGGCAUUACCUGGACCAAUGGCAGAAGCAGGAUUUUACCAUCCGCAAAUCGAUUCUAAAGCUACAGAAGAUCGUGCUAUGUGUUUCACUUGCAAUGUUAGUUUGGUUUACUGGGAAUCUUCAGAUCAGCCAUGGUCUGAGCAUAAGCGUCAUUGUUCAGAUUGUCCUUUUUUAAAAGGUGAUUAUACAGAAAAUGUGUCAUUACAAGAUUAUGCUGCUACAUCAAGUGCUAAGCAACUGUCAAGGACAACAGAUAAGAUUGUAUGUGUGAGUGGAUGUUGUUAUGACAACCUUAUUGCUGUUGGUACAGAAGAAGGAUAUAUUGUUGUUUGGGAGAUGCAUCCUUCUUUCAAAAUUCAUUCUGAAUACCAAAUAUCUGUUACUUCAACAAAAGGCAGCCAUAAAAGUUUCCCAAAGAUUGUAAAUAAUGAGAGUUCUUUUUUUGAUAUUGAAACCCAAAAUAAGUUAUCUGGAGGAUUGCAAACAGAGAUUUUAAAAAAAAAUCAGUCAGAAAGUUUUAACAAUAAACUUGGAUCUGAAGCAGCCAUAGUUCUUGAGGAUAUUAAAAGUCUAUCAGGUGCUAUGCCUGUUUUAGAUCAAACAAAUGAAAAUUUUGUGGGAGAUUCGUACAACAUUUUACACAGCUGUGAAAAAUUGGAAAUUUUAAAAGAGUUCAAAGAUUCUCAAGUUUCAGGCUUUUCUCUCACACCUAAUAAUCAAUAUAGUGAUAAACAAGACAAUACUAAUCAAGUUAGUAAUAAACAAGACAAUGCUAAUCAAGUCAGUAAUAAAAAAGAGGAUAGUCAACAAGACAACGAUAAUCGAAAUAAUGUUAAACAAGAUAUUGACAAUCAAGACAUUUGUAUAAAAGACAAUGCUAAUCAAGUCAGUAAUAAAAAAGAGAAUAGUCAACAAGACAAUGAUAAUCAAAACAAUAUUAAGCAAGAUAUUGACAAUCAAGAUAUUAGUAAACAAGACAGUAAACAAGACAAUGAUGAACAAAAAAAUAAUAAAUGCAACAAUACUUUAGGAGAUUUGUUUAAAAAGAGUUCAAAUCAUUUAGAUUUUGUUGAACCAUUAUCAUAUUAUGAUUCAUCCAAAAGAAAUACUAGUAAGAUGAAAUCAAAAUCUCAUGGGACUAAAAGGUCAUUUAAAAUAACAAGUGUUGCAAUCAUGAAAGAUGCAAGGACAUCUCAAAAGUUUAUUGUAGCAGGUGUGAAAAUUGACUCAGUAAAAUAUAGCAAACAUAAACUUAGUGAAAAACACAAGCUUUCCCUUCUUACCUACAAAAUUGAAAGUAAAGUUUCAAAUGAAAAUGGUCAAGAAGAGAAUUCUGAAAGUUUUGUAAAACCAUAUCAGCCAUUUAUGCAAGUUCCUAUGCCUUUAAAUAAUACAGUCUUUGAUUCAGAUUCAACACCAUCAUGGUUUGGUUUGAAUGAAGAUUUUGGAAUUUAUGAAAAUGGUGACACUACGCAGCUGUCUAUAAUUGACGAAUACUUAAUAGCUUCCAAACAUUUAGGAAUAACCAAUGGUGGAACUCAAAACAUUGCCAUGGAUGCUAAUGAAAUUAAAACAGGGUUUGAUCAAGAAGAAAUAUUAAAAACAGAGGAUAAUAAAUCAGUAUACAAAGAUUGUGCUUUUCAAAAGUUUGAUUUGUGUGAAAACAUUAAUAAAUCUGGUGUUAUCUCAAAAUUGCUUGUCAUAGAUGACUAUUUAGUAGUUAUGGUAAACGAGAAAUCUGAUGAGAAGCCUCAAAGUAGUAUAUUUAUAAUUUCUGUAGUGUUCGACUCAUUUAAAACUAUUUUAAAAAAGGUGGCAUUUCAUUCAUUUCAAGAAUCAGAAGUUAAUGAUAUUAUCAGUGUUUCACCUUUACAACUGCCGAUGAACAUCUUUAAAAAUAUAUAUUCCAAUUUUACUAAAAUUUUAUCUGUACUUAUUGUUGCAUUAUCUAAUAAUUCUGUAACGUUUUUGUCAGUUCCUGAUUUAGAAAAGCUGCCAUUACAGAGUAAUUUGCCAAAUAGUUUUGCUAUUCAUAGGUUAGCAUACUGUUCUGCUUUAUCUGCAAUAGCUAUUUGUGAUGAAAAUGGAAGUUUUUCUUUGCAUCAAUGGACAUCAGAACAAAAUGAAGAAGUUCAUGCUCAAAAUAGUUCAAUUUCUAAUCGAUGGCCAAAUCAUUUCUGUACCAAUGAGUUACAACUAUUGUGUGACUUAAUUAAAUUUGAGCCAGUCAUGCAAGGCUGUAAUAUUGUUUAUCCAAUGAAUUGGUGUGUAAAUUCUGGUAAAAAGUUGCUAUCAUCUCCUCCGGUGUUACCUUGCAUGAUGCAUCUUUCUCCUGUUGAGAUGGAUUCUCAGUUAUUAAAAGAAACAGAUGGCGAGUUAAACAAGACAAGUUUUACAUUUGAAAUCUGUGUUUCUGUCAAUACAGCAAUUGGCUAUUUUGAUGUAGUUGUUAACAUGAAAACACCAUUAAAAAAUAAAGAAGAUUUUUCGUGUUCAUUUUAUUUUGAUGCAUUGUAUGAAGGCCACCAAACCAUUGAUAAAAGCCAAGAAAUACUUCUAUGCAGCCCCAUGUUAUUCUCUGAUGUUGUAAAUGACUCUAAGUUGUCAGGAAAAUUUACAGUGACCUCCCCAAACCUUUUACAGUAUCAAAGCGGUAAACUUGUGGUUAAAUUAGUUAGUUGUAAAUCAUUGCUACCCAAUUUUUCCAUUUCAAGUGCUUUGAAAGAUGUUUUUGUUGGUGUGCACAAAUUUCAGCAAAUUUCAGAUCAUCCUUUUUAUUAUACUGGGUGUCGUCAAAUUUUAAUAAGUGAUGCUAAUUUUCAAAGCAAUUUGUUAGACCAAUACUUGGAGUUAGUAAGCGCUAAUUGUUCAAUGCUACCUGGCAAAGAUCUCAAAAUGAUACUUAAAAUUUUAUCAGUGAUUGUUAACAUUCAUUUAAAUUGUUUUGCAAAAAGCAGUUUGCCGCUUAUUUCAAUUGUGCAUAAGAAACUUUGGCAGUUUUUAAAAGCAAGUAUGAUGUUUGGAGAUAGAGCUGUCUGCUAUAGUUGUUUUUGUAUAUUGCUUGGUUUAAUCAGAUGUUCCUCAAAUUCUACGUUUAUUGUGGACUUAUCUUGUGAGCUGAGAAAGCUUUCUCUUAAUAUUCAUAAUGCUUUUUCUUCUGCUGCCAUUCACUGGACUUUUUUGCUGUUUUGUAAAAUUAUGGAAAGUUCUGAAUUAAACAACAGAGAAAUGCUUCUUCAUUUUAAAAAUAUGUUGAUAACAACUGGUAAAAUCUACAGCCAGAAAGUUACAGAAACUCAAAAAUAUCUGGAUGCAUUUUAUGGUUUAUCAGAAAUGGUUACUGAACCAUUAUUAACAGAGCCGCAUUAUUUACAGCUGCAUAUUGGUGCAUCUUAUAAGACUGGUGAUACAACUCUUUUUGAAACUAUUCGAAUCUCAUCAAAUAAUGUUCCAGGUAUAUUAGAAACCCAACCUCUAAGAUUUGUUUGCUCAGAUGCAAGUGAGGGCUCUAAAGUUCAGCUGCUUAACUCUAAAUACAAUGUUUCUAAAGUGAACCAAACAUGGUCUGCAGUUCAGGGGAUUCCACAACUUGUAAAUCAAACUGAUCUUGAAAAACCAUCAGAGCUGCUGCAAGAGAAUGAUGACAGUUCAUAUUUUGGGAUUUCAAAUCCAGAAAUUUCAAAUGUUGAUCAAAAGACUUUCUUAAUAAAUUCUGGAAUUGAGAAUGCUGAAGAUAACUCCUAUCUACCUUUACCAAAAUGUAUGGUUGUUGAAAAGAUGCAUUUAAGUUCAUGGCAUUAUGUUGUUUUGGAUUUCCAGUCUCCUGUUUUGCUAACAGAUUUCUUGAUACCACCGUGCAAAGCUCUUAGUAGCAUAACACUUUCUAUUUUGGGUACCAAUCAAGAGGUGAAUCGUGUAAUAGCAUAUAGUGAUGAAAUUAGUUCAAAGGCUUUAAUCAUGUCAAAUUUAGUGGAACCAAUAACAUUACAAUACUUAAAAAUUCUUGUUAUGGGUGGCAUAUCUUCAAGUGUAACAAUACCACUAGGCCAAUUUUAUGGAUAUCUACAGAAAGAUGUACUUUCUCCAGGUGAUUCAGAAAGUUAUUUACAGCAAUAUGAAGAUGUAUUUUGUCGUUACACAUUCACAAUAGAGCGCUUUAAACCCAUUUCAAACCCACAUGAUUGUUCAAAUAGAUUUUCAAAGGGACUUAGUUCUUAUUUGAAUUCUCUCAAAAAAGAUCAUGCUCUUGGUUGCCAGUUGCAGUUAAGUUUAAACUUUCUUCGUAAUAAUAUAUUUAACCAAUCUGUUGAGAGUUUACUUCAAAAUAGGAACUUUGCAGAUGAUUUAAAUAAUGCGCCAUUACAAGAAGAUGCAUCAUUUAGCAAUUCUCAGGUUAUUUUGCUGCAUUUAUUAGAAACAAUAUUACACUUUAUAACUCCUAGUAAAAUAAAAAAUGAAGUUGAAUUUAGUAUUUUAUCAAAAGAAGAAUUUGUUAUGUUAUUUGAAAACCUUUGCGUUUAUGGAGUUGCUCACUUAACAAGUAUGGCAACAAUUGUUCUGAGUAUGCUGUCUGCAAGUGCCGAUUGGUGGAGUGAUGCAUUAGUUGAAGUGUUUAAAAAUUUUUUUUGCGUGAAUUCGUUAAUCCCUGUUCCAAGAGGGAGAUUGUUUAAGCGUCUAGCUCAAUUAAUCAGCUCAACAAAAGAUAAAGAUAUUGUUCUUGAAAAAUUUCUUAUUCUAUUGCAUGAUAGUAUGAAUGUUCUUUUACACCCAAAAACAUCUUCUGAACUUCAAUGUAAUCCAAGCAUGGUUGAUUGGUUACUGUUGGUGUUAUCCACUUUGUUAGAAUCAUCAGAUUCUAAAGUUUAUAGCUACUUAAGUCCUUGGGAAUAUCUAUGUUUGCCAAAAUCUGUUUCAGAUGAUUCUAAUUCUAUGGAUAAUAAUACCUUAUCCUCAGAAAAGUUGAAAAAGCAGAUGUUUGAUAAAUUGCCAAAAAAUUAUUUUACGCAAUCAAAGGAAACUAAGGAAACAGAUGAAAAUCAAUCAAUGAAUGAAGAAGAUUUUCAAAAACUUUACAUGAAGUCAUCAAGCCAAGAGUUUAAUAAUGGCUUUUUUCUUGAACAACCGUUUUUUAUACAAAGAUGUUUAGCUGUGCCUACAUUGAAAGUGUUAAUGGAAUUUAUAUCUUCUAAAGUAAUCAGCGGAAAUCUCCAUCAAUUGACCCUGGCCUGCAAAGUUUCUUCAUUAAUUUUGGCAAACUGUCACAGUAUAGUUUACUUGGAAGAUGUUUUAUUGAGUGAACAUCUCAAAAUGCUUCUUACACCUUGCUUGGUAUCUAAUACAAAACACUGGCAUCUCCUUGCCAUAAACACACUUGUUAAUUGUUUUCUCAAUCAAAAAUCUUUUUGCGAUGAUAAAAAAGUAAAUUUAUUAAAUGAUGAAAAAGUAGAUAGUUCAAUGGCAGAAAAAAAACAAAAAAAGAAAAAAAAAAUUUUUGAAAAAAAAAAAAAUCAAGAAACCAGAAAUUUUUUAAAACAGCUUUUAGAAAUAACAGAAGGAAAAAUAACUGACAAAAAAAAAGAUUCAUGUAAUAGCAUAGCAAAGGAAUCUGAAUGUUUAAAAGAAUGUUUGGUUACACGUGUUGUACUUGGAGAUAUUUUCUUUCCAUUAGAACAGGAAGUUGCGAAACUGCAAAAUAAAGUUACAGAUAACAAAUUAAAUUUAUAUUCAUUGGUUAAAUGGAAACAAAGGUUCUUUUGCUCAGACCAUAAACUAUUUGAUAAAGAUUUAAAAAAAAUGCAAAGUUUAACCUUGCAUUACUUAUUAAACUGUUUACUUGAUUUUGACAUAUGCAAAAUGAGAUAUUCCUUAUUUAUUCGGCAAGUUUUAUUUUUUAUGGAGCAUAUGAUGAAUAGUGGUAUCAAGCCUUCACAUGAGCUUACAGUAAAACUUGAGCUUGUUUUAUCUAAGCUAUAUUCUGAAAUAUCUGUAAGUGAUAUUUUUACCUAUACUCUUUUCAAAAAACUUGUUGAAUUAAAUUUACAAAUGGAUAUCAUACCUGCAUCUUUUAUAUGUAAAGUAAGAAUUAUACAGAACACAUAUGUGUUAGAUCCUGAAUUAGAAAUAAUAUCACUUUAUAAGUUAACAGAACAGCUGCAAAAACAACCUGAUGAAAAGUUACAAACAGAAAAUACAGUUUUAGCACAAAAACUAUUUUCUACAAUUUUAUCUAAUAGAGAAAUUGACGGUGAUCCUAAAAUAGUGUCUCUGCUUGAAAAGAUUUGCCAAACCAAACCAUUUUAUUGCAUGGAUAAAGAAGGGAUCAUAAAAAUUAUUCAACUUAUUACUGAAAAAGUCAAGUUUUUUAUUACUCGUUCUAGUGAGCAACUGGAUUUUAGUCAGAAAGCCAUUGCAUCCAAUAAAGUUUUUCCCAUAUUUUUGAUUGAUGAAAGUUGUGCAAAAAUGAUUGUUAGAACUCAUCAUAAUGAAGAAGCAACAGAAUGUUUAAAACUUUUAAAGAUUUUAUCAAAUUUUGAUUUUUCCAUACUUACUUUGGAACAAACAGUAUCAAUGGAAAAAGUUUGUAUCAACCUUCUGGAUGCAUUAUGCAAUUGCCCAAAAUUGAGGAUGAAAAAUGGAUUAGCACAAAAUACAUUGUUAACUGAAAUCUCAGAUUCAUUACCUGAGCCAAAUGCUGUGCAUCCUAUCGUAUUUGGUAUAAUUGUUACAUUAACAGAUCUGUCAAAGACUCAAAGUUUUUCGGAUGCUUUUAUUAAUGCAUUAGUUCUUAUACUUCAACAGCGAGUUGAGCAUUUUGAAUGGAAAGGAGAUUUGUCAGUACUUAUUAAAUUGUUGCUUUUGCAAAACUCAGAAUUUUUCCCAAAGUUUGUGGCGGCUGGUGGUUUUAAACUUAUAUGCGAUGCAAUUGUUUUCCAUUGCAAAAAAGAAAUCAGUUGGGUGGAUGCUUUGCAGCAAUCACCUGUAAUGCAUGAACUGUACAUAAAUGAAAUCAGUCAACUAACUAAAAAAAAUCUUGACCAUGAAGGAACAAUGACUGAUAAAUUGGAAAACUUUGCUCCUUAUGCAAAAAUAAUACCUUCUGGAGCAGCUGUUUUAUUAGUUGAUAAAUCUCCUCUCAGAAGAUCAAGAUUUGCAGCAUAUGGUCAUCAAUUCCAGGAAUCUGAUGACACCUGGUUUCAGCUUCAUAUUACAUUUCCAGUUCAUAUAUUGUUAAAAGAAAUCAAAAUACAUAUGCAUCCUUCAUGUUUGCAAGGAGGACCUUCUCUGGUUAUGGUUGAAUACAAAGGAGUUUCUGAUAGUUUUAAUCCUGCAUCAACUAUUUUGGAAACAAGUGGAUUGCUUUUAAUUCAAAUACAUUUUACAGAGGGCAUUAUUUGCAAAGAGUUGCGAUUGCACUUAAAUAGACCAUCAGGUUGUGAUAACUUAAAACUUAAUCUAUUGGAAUUGUUUGGAAGGUCAAUUUUUACUAUUAUGGACAAAGGACAAAAAUUUAACUUUGAAGCAUGGCUUGAUUUGUUGUCAAUAAUGUUGACUGAUACAUCAACUGAGUUGAUUAAGUCAUAUUUAAGCGAUAGUCUUAUCGAUUCAUUAGUUUGUUUAAUACCAUUUUUAACAAGGUUAUCCUUACAUCGAAUUUCUGCACUUCUAAUGUCUGUUUUUUUGAAAGUACUACCUGAUUUUGCAUAUAAGUUUGUAGUUCUCACCACAACACAUAUGUUAAAGAUUAGCUAUUUGAAUCGGUUUAAUUCUUGGCAGAUGCAACUUCUUAUACAGCUUUUAUCAGAUAUUGUUAUACAAACAGAUGCUGCUCAGCAAGUUAGCAUAUUUUCUUAUCUUUUUGAAUGGUUUGCUGAGUUUUUAAAUGUUGUCCAAGAUGAUAGUAAUGCAAGAGUUUCAGAUGUUAUUCAGUGCUUUGUUGUAAAACUUUUUCAGCAUGCCAAAGACUUGGAAAAAGAAAGUUUAAAAGCUAGUGAAAAGCUUAUCAGUGAACUUGAAAAAUUUAUUUUAAACAACAGUAUACAUCAUUCAAAUAUUUCUUAUGUUGGUCAAUUGCUCCAAAUAAUUAUACAUUCAAAACAAGAUUUCUUCUUUAAAUACUUGCAGAUAGCAGAUACUUUUUUGAAUAGUUUUAAAAUAAAUGAAACUCAAUUUGUGAAAGCUUUAGACAUAAUUAUUUUUGCUUACCAAAGCAAUAUUCCAAUAGUGCAUGAAAACACAUAUGAUCUUUUAGGAAAGAUUUCUAAAUAUUUUGUUAGUAUUUUAUCUCAGCCUAUAACGGGAUUGGCAAAUAUAAAAUCUGCAUGCAUAAUUUUAAAAUGUUUCUGCAAAUUUUCCUUAGCCAACAAUGGAAUAUCUGCUUGGUUUUAUUCUAAUAAUGGUCGUCUAUUUUGGAAAGAACUUUUACUCUAUACAUUAUCUCCGCAUAUAAAUGGUAGCAUUCUACUAAAUAUGUACAAACUUCAACAACAAACUUUAAAAUUUUUUCACAGCAUUUUAUAUUUAAAUAAGCAAAAUAUGGAUUACUUCUGUAAGAUUCUUAUUGAUGUUUUGCUCUGGACUAAAGACCAUAAUCGUACAAUGAGUGGUUAUUUGAAACAGAUUAUAAUCGAUUUAGUUAUUGCUGAAGAUACUGUCACAGUUCAUUUUAGAUCAAAAUGGAAUACCUAUAUAUUGCAGAAUACACAUAAACUUCAUUUUAGAAUAACAGCAUCACUGAAUGAAAUAGAAGUAAACUUUUUUAAAAUGAAAAGCUCCUCUGUUACUGAUGAUAAGCAAAGUAAUAGGACUGAUAACAAUAAACUGUCAGACCUGCUUAAUGCACAAGUUAUGCAAUCUGGAAAACUUGCAAUAUUUAAGCGCCAGCCAAAAUCAACUACUGUAGAAGUAGAACAAUUAAAACCAAACUCAGAUGAGCAACUUGGGAUUGAUUUUUUUCAACCGUUUAUAAGUAAUCAACCUCUUCCAAAAGCACUAACCAUUGGUCAGAUUUUGCAGUUGUUGCAUGAAAAGGAUUCUAGUAUUUUAGAUUCGCCUCCUUUGUUAGAAUAUUGUGUAAAAUAUGAAAAAUCAAGUGAUAAAGCAAAUCCAAAAGAAAAUGAUACACUUCUUUUGACAGCUCCAUUUUCAACAAUGUUAGAAAUUUUUGCAAAUCUUGGAGGACUUUCUUUGCUUUCUCCUGCUGCUGAUGUUAACCAUAACCCAUUUGUAAAAUUGUUCUCUCUAAUUAUUCCAUUACCUGGUUUUUCAAGUGUUUUUUUAGAAGACCGUAUAAAAGCUGAAUUUAUGUUGCGUCUGAUGAUGGGUGUGAAAGAAACAAAAGCUGGUCUUUUUGAUAUGUCACAUCAUAUUGUGUUGUAUCAUGCUAUAUUAAAGUUAGUAAGGUCACUAGCUUCUUCAACAAUUACUCUAAAGCUUCUAACUGGUGUAAAAGGAGCAUCAAAAGAAAACUCUUCUUCAGUUGUAAAGUUGUUAGCAAAGCUAAAAUCUUGUGUGGAAACAUACAACAAAAGACUAAAAUUAAAUAACAAGCCCAAAAAAACAGUCACAAAAUCACGUGUUAUAGUAUACAAAGAUGAAGAAGAUUUAUCACCAGAGACAGACACCGAAGAAUUGAACUUUUUGCUUGAUCAUAUAGAAUUGACAUCAGAUUUUGUUCAACAUAAAGCAGAUGAUUAUGACAGGGAGCUAAAUGCAGCAAACAAAAACACCACUCUGGUUGUUGAUACUUUUGAAAGCAAUAAUGGAAGAAGCAAUGAACAGUUAUAUGUAGCUGCAAUGUCACAACUACAAUUUGAUACUUAUGAAAUUGUAACAGAAAAGGAAGAUGGUACACUUCAAUUUAAUGUUCCAUUUUAUUAUGCAUCCACUGUGCGUUCUACUGUUAGUGCAACAAAUGAUUCAUGGAACUCGUCACGAGCUCGCAGGCUAGCUCAAGAAGUUGCUACUUUGUCAACUUCUUUACCUUUAUCAUACAGCUCAACUGUAUUUUUGCGAUGCGAUAAUGAAAGAUUAGAUGUCAUGAAGGUGCUGAUCACAGGACCUGAAGAUACACCUUAUGAAAAUGGUUGUUUUGAGUUUGAUAUUUAUUUUCCAGCAGAAUAUCCAUCUUCUCCAAUGAGUGUCAACCUGAAGACAACUGGAAAACAAACAGUAAGAUUUAAUCCUAACCUAUAUAACGAUGGUAAGGUUUGUUUAAGUAUACUUAACACCUGGCAUGGCAGACCUGAAGAGAGGUGGAGUCCGCAAACCUCUAGCCUUUUACAGGUACUUGUUUCAAUACAGUCUUUAAUUUUGGUAAGUGAACCAUAUUUUAAUGAGCCUGGUUAUGAACGAAUGCGAGCCACCCCACAGGGUAAACAAAAUUCCUGUGAUUACAAUACAAACAUUCAGCAAGCAACAAUAAAGUGGGCAAUGAUCGAACAGAUUAAGAGACCGUCUUUAUGUUUUCGAGAGAUUAUUCACAGACAUUUUUUAAUGAAGCAAGCAGAUGUUAUUUCUCAAUGUGAGAGGUGGUUAGCGGAAUCAAAACAGAAUACACGUUGUUAUGAGUCUUUAAACAAUACUCUUGCCGAACUAAAGAUCGAGCUAAUGAAGUUGGAAAAAAAUCAAAAUAGUAGCAUUACAAAAGAAACUGUUGAAGUUGAUGAAUCAAUUACUGAAAAUUUUACUUCAUCAACGGUCAUAUAUCUGUAAUUAAUCUUUUUUUCUAAAAUAUGUAUGUAGCUUUUUAUCGGCGUUAGAGAAACGGUGUUAACUGAAAAGUUCAAACGGCUAACUGAAAAAUUCUUGUAAAAUAAGUUCACUUAAAAAUAUGUGCUUUAAUAUUGGCAUAUAUUAGUAUAUAUUAUAUAUAUUGGCAUAUAUUAGUAUAUAUUAUAGUGAUAUUUUGUAUAUGUGUCCUUAUAUAGGCAUAUUAUGAUAUUUUGUACAUGUAUCUUAGGCAUAUAGUGUAUUUUGUAUAAAAAAAAGUUUUUUGAUAAAACAAUUUACUUACGUUA